UCGCCCGCUGUUUGCUGGGGAGGUGGACUUCAUCUUGAAAACAUCACUUGAGCUGUCUUCUUCUGUUGAUCGUCGUUUGUGUGUACCUUCGAUCCCAUUUAGGGCUUAAUAUUCUCCCCCAAGGGACAUCAUGGGCGGUGGGGUGCCACACAUCAAAGUUCCAGACUGGAAAUCCUUCGUUGUGGGGGAUCAUACGCCUGAACUGCAAAAGCUUCAAAAUCAAUUGGCUGCCAAGGGCCUAAAGGACCCAUGGAUUCGGAACGAGGUGUGGCGCUACGACACCCGCUUGGGAACCCGGGGUAUGAAAGGGCUGUGGCGGAUUGCAUUCAGGGGCUUCAUUCCCGGAGUGGCAGUGGGCGCCGGAUUCGCCGCUUUAAGCUACAUGAAUGCUGAUGAUUCGCAUCAUUAAGUGAAUCGUGGUCGCAAAUUUGAUUGAUAUCUCAUCCAGCCACGUUAGAAAAGAGGAACCUCAGAGUAAUGAAUGUUGUUGGAUAUGUAGCCGUUUGUCUUUAAAUACCAAGGUCGAAAUGAAAACAAAAAACACAUAACUUCUGGGUCAAACUUGAUUGGAUGUACACAACAUCUGUACUGAUGGGAUCAAAUAAAUAAUCACGGGAGGGUACGACUAGGGCUACCAAUUUACAUUUUCAGUGGCAUAUGGCAUCACUUGCGGCACACCGGAAACCCGUUAGUUAGUCACAGAAAAUAACCCUGAUUUUUCUUCGCUCAAACCAGAGUUACUUUUUUGGUCAAAGCUAACCUAUUACCUUACGAUAGAGAGGGUGAUGCUCUGACUUUCCUAGCUUUCUGGCAAUCCUGAUUUUGAAAAUUUAUUUGAUCCCAUCAGGAAACAUCUCGAGUAUCACGUCUCAUCACUUUACCACCUUUUAAAAAUUUCCUUGUCACUAAGUUUACAAGGCCACAAGUGAGAAAAAUGUAGCCUCUUGUUUUUCUUUGUGAUCAGUUUGGGAUUGAAGUAAAUUGGUUCGACAUGGAACAUAACGCA